AUGUCUCAGCCAUCUUAUCCCCCACUGGCGGCAGCCACUCCAUGCCAGAUGUGCGAGAGGGAUGCAAUGCGCGAGUUGCAUGUGAGAGAGGCCGCAGCGCAUGCUUACAUUCAAAAACUCAAAAAUGAUCUUGACCGAACUACGGAAACCUUAGAGCAGUCUCGCGUCACCCUUACCCACUGUGAAGCAGCUCUGGUCGCGAGCUGGGAGCAGGUCCAGCAAGAGCGCCUUGGCCACGUGCGCUGUCGAGAAGAGCUCAUCCUCGAACUCGCUUUUGAACGCGAGAGACAUAAGGAAACCACUCAGUUGCUGGAUCGGGUAUUCAAAGAAGCCACGCGGAGUGGUGAGAUUGCGGACCGUCUCGGCGAGAGAGUCGCUGCGCUGGAAGCAACAGAGCGGAACUCUCAGACCCCCCGAGCAAUGGAACUGCUACCCAACACAUCUCCCAAUAAGAAUCUGCAGGUUCACGCGACAGCUACUCCGAACGAGAAGCUCAAGCGUACUCGAUUUCCUGGCAUUUUACAGCCAGGCUAUCAAGGCGGCCACCCCACUCCUCCAGGGGCGGCCUAA